AAACCAAUUUUGGAUUUUCCUAAGCCGUUCAACAAUAGAAGCAGCAGCAAGUGCCGGCUGCAGCUGCUGAGCCAGAGAGUCUGUUUCUCGGUUGCUUUUGCUGCCUCACUUCACUUCAGUUGCUGUUUACUGAGGUGCUUUUCUUUGCAGCCUGGACUAUUGUACAUACCACUCUUGGGGACUCUUGAGCUUGGUGCUGACUGGAGAUGGCUAACAUGUGGAUCCUUUACCUGGCAUGGGUUGAACAGACAUAGCCCUGAGAAUGGUAAACAAGACACAACCACAACCUGUCCAGAAAAGAACCCAUCUAGAAACAUAUGCAACACACAGUUAUAGAUGCGUUAAGACUGGGACCAGAAUCACAUCAUACAGGAUCGUGAUGUCUACAUUGAUGUAUGGAGCUUCAAGGAAAGGGCUUUGUGCAAAAGAAACAAACAAACAAACCCAAAAUAACCCCACCUGCCUCUGGAAAGCUGGAAGAACAGAAUGUGUCUUCAUUAGAUAAAAACCACCUCAAAGGGAAUAAUGGAUUUCCUAAAUUUUACAGAACAAAAUUAUACGCUGGAGCAAAAUGAUACAUCAGAAGAACUACUUAAAAAAGUAACUUCCAAGAUUCUGGUUUCUCUCACCCUUUCUGUGCUGGCAGUAAUGACAACUGUCAUCAACUCUCUGGUCAUGACAGCCAUCAUUGUGACACGGAAGCUUCACCACCCUGCCAACUAUUUAAUUUGUUCCUUAGCAGUCACUGAUUUCCUGGUUGCCAUCCUUGUUAUGCCCUUCAGCAUUGUCUAUAUUGUCAAAGAGACCUGGAUCAUGGGUCAGGUGAUGUGUGAUAUUUGGCUUAGUGUUGACAUCACCUGCUGUACCUGUUCCAUCUUACAUCUUUCAGCAAUUGCCUUGGAUCGCUACCGAGCAAUCACAGAUGCUGUGGAGUAUGCCAGGAAGCGAACACCCAAACAUGCAGGGAUUAUGAUUGCCAUUGUGUGGAUCAUUUCCAUUUUCAUCUCAAUGCCACCAUUGUUUUGGCGGCACCAGGCAGCCAGCAGGGAUGACGAAUGCAUAAUUAAGCACGACCACAUUGCUUUCACCAUUUACUCCACAUUUGGAGCCUUCUACAUCCCACUGGCAUUAAUUUUGAUCCUUUACUACAAAAUAUAUAAGGCAGCAAAGACAUUUCACAGAAGGAGCGUGAGCCGGGUUCUGAAAGAGGAGGUAAAUGGACAGGGUCUCUUGGAGGGAGGUGAAAAAAGUUACCGACUAACAUCUUCAGCAUCAUGCACUAAAGACAAAAAAUCUAACCCUUCAGGAGAUUUGGACAGGAUCCACCUCUCGUUGCGAAGUCCUGAUUCUGAAUCCAAAAAUGAAAAAGGGUGGCGGAGACAACGGAUUUCUACCACAAGAGAGCGCAAGGCAGCCACUACCCUUGGUUUGAUUUUGGGGGCCUUUGUGAUCUGCUGGCUGCCUUUCUUUGUGAAGGAGGUGGUUGUUAAUACCUGUGAAAGGUGUCAGAUUUCAGAAGAAAUGUCUAAUUUUCUGACAUGGUUGGGAUAUAUCAACUCUCUGGUUAACCCAUUGAUUUAUACAAUCUUUAAUGAAGAUUUCAAGAAAGCAUUCCAGAAACUUAUCCAAUGCAAGAGCUAUCUUUGAGUGGGAGGAGAAAGUCAAUUUAAAAACAUGGUUUUUAAGAAAGAGAAUUCAGUAAGGGAUUCAUAGCUCUGCCCAAAGAGAGUAAUGUGUCCAUUAUACUAGAGAAUUCACAAGAAUUGAGAAGGUUCCAACGAGAACCCAGAAAGUUUCAGGGAGAUUAUAUGUACUUCCAGCUUUGAUCUUCUGCCAUAACAUAGUAUCACAACAGUUCUAGAGGCAUAAGCAUUAACCGGGAACUUCUGUGCCUCAUACUUUCCCAGAAUGUUACUAAACAGUGCUAGCCUAUAUUGACUAGGUAAAUUAUAGUGGUAGAAGUUGAUUGCAGAUCUGGACACACAAUACACAUAACAAAAAUCCAGCUCCACCAAACUUUUAUCUGGAGCACAUCUCUAAUAUUUAUAUAUUUGGCGUUUAAGAAUGUUAGCUGUGUUUUUAGGAAAGGCCUUGAUACAUCCCCAUAUUGACUAUCUCUGUUUUGUCUCAUUAGCAUCUCACAGUGAAUGUUGUCUACUUGUUAAGAUGUAAUCACUAGUCAUUUUAUUUAUUAGAAACAGGAAACUAUAUGCACAGAAAGGAUGUAGGGCUAUUCAGAUGCGUGGAAAAGCUUAAUGUUUCAGCAUGUAUUUUAAUUGCAUGGCAUACUUGGGGUUCAUCCAGAAUGUAGAUUAAUGUGUUCUUGAUUGGGUGCUGUAGCACGCAACUAGGAGUUUAGUUCCAAGAGAAUGCAGGCAUCUGUUUCCUGUGACAUCACUGAAAACCAAGUGCAACAUCCCAGAUAUAGAGAAUAAAAAGUGGAACCUUUCUAGAGAACAAAUUCAUUCCUCAUUUUUUAAAAAAAAAAUAGAAGGAUUUGACUAAUUGAGCUUGUAAUUAAAAUUGGAGGGGAGAGAAAUUUUAAUUAAGGCUUUGUCCAGGCACUUUACUUGCCAGACCUGUCAUUAAGGGAAUAUUCUUCCAGAUAACUACUAAACAUGAACAGUGACAUGUUGUUUCUUGGGGAUUUAGUAUGCCUUCAGUUUCUACUGAAGUAGUCAAAUCACUACUGCUUUACUUAUCUUAUCAUGUUCUGACUGAUAUGUGGGCAUAUGACACAACAGUCAUGGCUCUUAUUUAAAAUAAUGGGCCGGUAAUUUAUAUUAGCUACUUAACCCAAAACAGACAGGCUUAAAAAACCAGCUGCUGUGCAGCUUGGAGUGGUGUUGAGAUCACACACACAUCCAACCCGUGCAGAAGCCAUGCUGGUGUUGGUCCCAGGCCGUCUAAGUGGCCCAAAGCCAGCCCCAAAAGGAGCUGAUUUUUUCACUCCUUGCCAUUUGGGACUGCAGUAGGGGCUGGCAUUGGGACCACCACAUGUGGUCGCUGCGGUCCAUUGGCACUACAGGUGGGAGCAACCUCUGGCUGCUCCUUCCUGCCUGUCUGCUCCACCCUUCAGUUAACUUGUGGGACAUGGUGACUUACCAGUUAAGAUACUGACUCUGAUGAUAACAAGAAAUAUAUAAAGGGCUUCAGCUGGUGCCAAAAGCCAUAUGUAAGGUCAGGUUUUUGUAUUGCCUGUUCAAGGAAUGAAUUCCACACACAGUUCUUUAUGACUAUUUCAUUUCUAAUUGAAAGCAAAACACAACAGCCUGGAAAUCUUGUUACUCCCAGUAUGAUCUGAUUUGUGGAAUUAACUGCAUAAUUUGAAAACAUUACAAGAAUACUUUCCAAUAGAAUUGCAUGAACUCUGCUCAAAAGAACUACAAGCUUGCAUGCACUCAUAUUUUUUCAAUCUGGAAACAAUCACCCUUUGAGAAAACUCUAGGACAAAGGUGGAACCCCCUUCACUCCCAAGGGUCAAACCUAAUUUCAGUGAGGUUCCUGAGUGGAAGGGAGAUGCAUUCAAGUACUGGGCAAAGCCAAAGAUGAAAAAGUGGGGCCAAAAAACCCCAUACCUGAGUACAUUUUCACUUAAAGCUUUUACUGCCAGUAACUAAGCCUUAGGCAAAUCAUUUUAACUUUUUAUAAGAGAAAAAAUACCACAGAACAUCUAAGAAAUCACUAAACUAUGGUAAGAUAGCAUCAGGAAAAGACAAGAGAGCUGAAUUAAGAUUGUCUUCCUGGAGUGUAAGAAGAGUCAGAGGAUGUGUUGGCUACACUGUUUCUAGAGACUGCUUUUUUCCUUCAUCCUAUUACAGCUGUCUACUCAAGCUAAAUUAUUUAUUUUAUUUAUUUGUAGCAUUGAUAAAAUGCCAAUGCAUUGUCUGUUGUUGUUAUUGUUAUUAUUAUUAACCAUAAUUUUAUGCUGCAGUUUUUCAGAUACUCAGUUCCAUUGCACCCAUAUUGCCAAAAAAGAAACUUGUCUUUGCAGCCCUCAUUCCUCUGUCUCUUCCCAUACAAAAAGCAUGAUGCUUCCCAUCAACCAACCUGGAACAGAUAAAUUGCUAGUGUGUUGAGAAAGACCAUGUAGGUUUUACACAUGGCAAAUGAUUCAGAUGAGUUUUGAUACUAAGACAUGCUUAAAAGUAAAACAAUGCAUUAUUGUGUUCCAUUAUCCCCACACAAUUAAUGUAAGUAAAUUUGGUGAAACUGAGCAUUUUUGGAAAAAUUAUACUUUUGCUUUUUUAAAAAAAAUGUCUUUUUUCCUUCCAAACUUUACUGCUAUCCCACAUAAAUGUACUGCAUCUUCUGUGUAUGUGACAGCUUUAGAAACUACAAUUGAUAUCCCUGGCCAGAUUCUUCUAUCUCCCACACAUCCUUUCUCUUUUCUGGUUUGUACAUACUUUAUCACUCUAUCAUUAGCUGUCUAGACUGUGGUCUCUGAGCACUGCUUACAGUGGCAAUGAAACCAUUUAAAAUUAAUCACUGAUCCUGCCAUAACAGGGGCAGGUAUGGCUCUCAGUGAAAAUAUUUUACCUCCCCCCCCCCCCACACACACACUAGUGUAGCCAGGUUUUUCAAACAUCGAUAUAUGGCAGGACAUCUCUGAUGGCCAGCCAGCUGAAGACUGACUGGUACAAGUGAGGCAAGCCCAUAUAAAGCCCAGGUCUUGUGAGAGCUCCAGGUUCUCAUAAGAUCAGAAAUCUUUUUGAAGAGAUUGGAUCUAUCAUGAGAAGCCCUCUUCUUGUGAGAUUAUAUAAAGCCCACUUCAUGUUACCCAGUUAGCUGGUGUUGGAGAACUGAGAACAAGAAGAACAGAUGCCCGACAUAAAACAGCAGCAGUUAGUCUGUUAUGAGUGAAGCUGGCACCUACUCUUCAUGCUCUUUCUGCUCUGAUCUGAACAAAAUAUCCAAACAUUAAGGCUCUUCUUCCCCAGAGACAAAAAGCUAUGCAACAUAAUCAGGCUCAGGCCACCUUCCAGACUCCUGGUCCCCAGAACUUUGUACUACACCACCACACACACAUCAUCAGUCCUGGCUCUGAGGUGAAUAGGAACUCUAUGGUGCUGAAUCUCUAGUCUGGCAUAAGCCAAGCUCCAGUUCAGUGCCAAGCUAUUCUGAAAGAAAGAUUAAUAAACUCAAGAGUGGAUUAAUCACCUCUAUGGUGAUGGAUGCACUGGUUACCCCUACACUUCAGUUCCAUCUUUUCUCCAGUUUGGGACUGAAGGCAGCUUUCACCAGUUAAAAUACACACUGUCAAAAAUUCACAAUAUGCCAAAGCUAAAAAGUAAUUAAAACAAUUAAAAACAUAAAUCGCUAA